CUCAGCGAGCGGAGGUGACAUUCAGUCGAGGCUGACCGGUGAAGGCGAGUGUAGCUGACCGAAAACCGAAAAAGCAUGGCACAGGCGGUGCAGAAACUAGUGGCCAAGGCACCACAGUUGGUUGGCGCUGCCGUCUCAUACUCCAAACCCCGGCUAGCCACGUUUUGGCGUUAUGCUCGGGUGGAGCUGGUCCCUCCAACUCCAGCAGAGAUUCCCAAGGCCAUCGAUGGUGCCAUGGGCAUCCUCAAAGGAUUCCAGUCGGGCCGUCUUGGUCAGACAACUGUCAAGGAAGCUUUGAGGAAUGGCCUGGUGGCCACAGAGGUUCUGAUGUGGUUCUACAUUGGAGAGAUCAUCGGAAAAGGAAGCAUUGUUGGAUACAAUGUGUAAAUUGUGGACUGUCUUGUGAUGGUCAUUUUUCUCCCUUUGAGCUCCUCUUUACUUCAUGUUCCAAGCAUCUUUGGUGAUCCAAUAAAUAUAUUGUUUAAGAGU